AUGGCCGCGCCUGCAGACAAACACCCCAGCCCAAGUCACUAUGACAUCGUCAUCGUCGGCGCCGGCCCCGUGGGCCUGAUGCUGUCGACAUGCCUGGCAAGAUGGGGCUACAAGAUCAAGCACAUCGACAACCGCGCCGAGCCGACACCAACAGGUCGGGCCGACGGCAUCCAGCCGCGCUCGCUCGAUCUGCUGCGGAACAUGGGUCUCAAAUCCGCCAUCAUGGCCCACAAGCCCGCUCGCGUCUACGAAGUCGCCUUUUGGGACCCAUCAUCGUCAUCGUCAGGGUCAGGUGAAGCCGGCCAGGGAAAGGGAAGAGGCAUCGUCCGCACCGGCACUUGGGCCAGCUGUCCCGGCUUCAUCGACGCUCGGUACCCCUUCACCACCCUCCUCCAUCAGGGCCGAAUCGAGCGCGUGUUUAUUGCCGAUCUGGGGAAGAGCGGGGUGACGAUCCAGCGCCCCUGGACGAUCUCGGGGUUUGCUUCUGAUGAGAACGCCGACCCGAACUACCCCGUGACCGUCAACCUUGAACAUGUCGACGGCACCGCCAAGGAGACGGUGAAGGCCAAGUAUCUGUUUGGCGGGGAGGGCGCGCGGUCGUUUAUCCGCAACCAGCUGGGCAUUGGGAUCAAGCAUAAGGAUCCAAUUGCUCAUGUCUGGGGCGUCAUGGAUGGUGUGGUUAAGACGGACUUUCCCGAUAUCAAGAUGAAAUGCACUAUCCAUUCCGAGCACGGGUCCAUCAUGGUCAUCCCGCGCGAGGACAACAUGGUGCGGCUUUACAUCCAGAUCGCCUCGUCUACCGACCCGGACUUUAGCCCCCGGAAGACUGCCACGGCCGAGCAGGUCCAAGCCUCGGCCAAGCGCAUCCUGCAGCCCUACUCGAUCGAGUGGGAGCGUGUUGAGUGGUACUCGGUCUAUCCCAUUGGCCAGGGCAUCGCCGAUAAGUACACUUUGGAUCAUCGUGUGUUUCUUGGCGGUGAUGCCUGCCAUACCCAUAGCCCCAAGGCCGGCCAGGGCAUGAACACUGCCUUCCUCGACGCCCUUAACCUCGCCUGGAAGAUCCACGCCGUCGAAUCCGGCUUUGCCCGCCGGAGUCUGCUCGAGACCUACGAGACCGAGCGCAAGGAGGUAGCCGAGUCCCUCCUGGCAUUCGACAACAAAUACGCCCGCCUUUUCUCCCAGCGUCCUCCCGCCGCCAGCGAGGUAGCCGCCGCCUCUGCCCAAACUAACGGGGGUACCCCCGGUGCCAACAACGAAAGCAGCCACAAAGACAACGAGUUCGUCAACACCUUCAAGGAAUCCUGUGCCUUCACCAGCGGCUACGGCGUCUCGUACCAGCCCAACGCCCUCAACUGGUCGCCCUCCCACCCGGCUCAAUCCCACGUCAUCCUACACCCCGAUAGCACAGACGCCAAAGAACCCCGGAGAACAAGAACCAGACUCAUCCCCGGCCGCCUCCUCCCCAACGCCGACGUCACCCGUGUAGUCGACGCCAACGUCGUCCACCUCGAACAGGAGAUCCCAUUAAACGGCUCCUUCAGGCUAUUCAUCUUCACCGGUGGACCGCUCACCUCAACAACCACAACAAGCAACCCCUCCCCCCGCCGCAACCGCCGCCACCGCGCCCUGCACGACCUCGCAGCCCACAUGUCCCGGCGCAACUCCUUCUACGCCGCCUACUCCUACACCCACCACCCACAAACCCACCCCAACCCCCCUCUCACAACACCACAAGCCAAAAACAACACCAACCCAACAACCUCAACCCAAACGCAAACCACCACAACCCCCACCACCACCGUCACAACAACAACCACCACAGCAACCACCACGGACCCCGCGAUAAGCCACCACGAGCAACACAACCCCCACUCCCGCUUCUUCACCCUCUGCACCGUCAUCGCCGCGCCGCGCGCCGACAUCGAUAUCGCGCGUGACCUGCCGCCGCUGAUGGCAAGGUAUCGCGAGCAUGUGUAUGCUGAUGAUCGGAUUCUGCUUCUUCAGGGGCAGAGUCAAAAUGUUGGGAACAGCAAUGCCGGGGAUAGCAGCAGCAACGGCAGUAACGACAGUAACGGCGCGGUGGUGGUGGUCCGACCCGACGGGUAUGUGGGGAUUGUGGUGGCGCUGGAGGAAGGGAAUGCCACGGGGGAUGCGUUGGAUGCGUAUUUUGGGGCGUUUAGUAGUAAACCGUUGGGGGUUGGGGGGCAGGCGAUGCUUUAG